UCGUAGAGAAUCACAAAAAAUGAACCGACUCAAAAGAACAAAUCGUUCACGAAUCAAAUCUCUUUAGUCCGCCCAGUUUAUGCGCAUUCCUCUCGUCUUCCUGAAAUGCCUUCAGUCGGAGAGAGUCCAACAUCACUUUACCACCAGUGAUGUUUCCCGGACUGUCCUGAAAAAGUGCCGUCCUGACCACCAAACUGCAGCAAGAAUGUCUUCCAAAGACCCCUAUCAGUACAUCAUAGUUGAGCAUCAGUAUUCUCAUAGAUUGAAAGUGACCGUGGUAGGAGCCGAAAAUGUGACUAAAGGCAAAUUUGGGGAUUUAUUGGACACCCCGGAUCCCUACGUGGAAUUGUCCAUUCCCACCACCCCAGAGUCUAGGAAACGAACACGGCACAUAAAUAAUGACAUUAACCCUAAGUGGAAUGAAACCUUUGAGUUCAUAUUGGACCCCAACCAACCCAAUGUUUUGGAGAUGAUACUAAUGGAUGCUAAUUAUGUCAUGGAUGAAACUCUUGGCACAGCUAAAUAUUCCCUUUCAAAACUCAAAGUGGGGCAGACUGAGAAAGUGACACUUUCUAUUGGCAAGACGACCAAAGUGUUUCUCGACCUGGCCUUAGAAGUGUGUGCGUCCACAGACUUGCGCUUCAGCAUGGCUCUGUGCGAUCAGGAAAAGCUUUACAUGCAGGCACGCAGGGACAGAGUUAUGCUUAGCAUCAAGAAGCUUCUUAAAAUGGAAAACCCACGCUUCCUUCCAGCCUCACCACGAGAGGUUCCAACCAUCGCUAUACUGGGCUCUGGUGGGGGUUUUCGUGCCAUGGUGGGAUUUUCGGGAGUGAUGAAGGCUCUGUAUGAGUCUGGGGUGCUUGACUGCGCGACAUAUGUGGCUGGACUUUCCGGAUCAACAUGGUAUAUGUCCAUGCUGUACUCGCACCCUGAAUUUCCUGCUAAAGGACUGGGGGAUAUAAAUAAGGAGCUGAUGAACAGGGUCAGCAAUAACCCACUUAAACUUCUCCUGCCCCAAAACAUCAACCGCUACGUGAAGGCACUCUGGAAGAAAAAAUCAGCCGGGCAGCCCGUCACCUUCACGGACAUCUUCGGCAUGUUGAUAGGAGAGACUCUCAUUCCAGGGAGAAUGGACACUACUCUUAGCUCCCUGCAGGCGAAGACUAAUGAAGGUCAGUGUCCUCUGCCUCUCUUCACCUGCCUUCACGUCAAACCUGAUGUGUCAGAGCUCAUGUUUGCAGAUUGGGUAGAGUUCAGCCCGUAUGAAAUUGGCAUGGCCAAAUACGGCACCUUCAUGUCUCCUGGGCUAUUUGGGAGCAAGUUCUUCAUGGGCAGCGUUGUGAAGAAAUAUGAGGAAAACCCCUUACAUUUCCUUAUGGGUGUAUGGGGGAGUGCUUUCUCCAUACUCUUCAACCGGGUUCUGGGUGUAAAGGAGACGUCCAGCAGUAGCACAAUGGAGGAGGAGUUGGAGCAAAUUAAACCCGAGCAUAUUGUGGGAGAUGACUCGACAGAUAAUGAAGAGGAAACACAAAGAGUAGGCACAGAGAGCACAGAGAUGCAGGAUGAGCACCAACGCCAUGCCCAGGCUAGUUGGAUGCAGCGCAUGUUGACCUCCAUAAUGGGUGACACCACCCUGUUCACCACACGUGAGGGCCGUGCUGGCAAAGUGCACAACUUCAUGCUGGGGCUUAACCUGAACUCUUCCCUGCCCUUCUCUCCCUUCGGCAGCUUCAUGAACCAGAACUCUGUGGAUGAGGAGGUGGAUGCUGUCACAGAUCCGGAUGAGUUUGAGCGAAUCUACGAGCCCCUAGAUGUGAAAAGUAAAAAAAUCCAUGUGGUGGACAGUGGCCUGACCUUUAACCUGCCCUACCCUAUCAUCCUGCGACCUCAGAGAGGGGUGGACCUCAUCAUCUCCUUUGACUUCUCAGCCAGGCCCAGUGACUCCAGCCCACCAUUUAAAGAGUUACUGCUGGCUGAAAAGUGGGCCCGUAUGAAUAAGCUGCCGUUUCCCAAGAUCGACUCCAAAGUAUUCGAUCGAGAGGGUCUGAAAGAGUGCUAUGUGUUCAGACCGAACAAGGGAGAUAAGAAUUGCCCCACUGUCAUUCAUUUUGUCUUGGCCAACAUCAACUUUCGGGACUUCAAAGCACCAGGAGUACCCAGAGCAUCAGACAAAGAGAUCGAGUUUGCUGAUUUUGACAUAUUUGAUGAUCCAGCUUCUCCUUACUCUACCUUCAACUUUAAAUACUCCAACCAGGCCUUCAAGAGGAUGCAUGAUCUCAUGGAGUUCAAUACGCUCAACAACAUUGAGGUUAUAAAAGAAGAAAUUAAAGACAGCAUUCUGCAGAGACGAGAGAGUCCCUCACGCUGUUCCGUUUCCCUUUUACUCAGUGAGAUCGAAAACAAGAAGUUUCUGAAACGGGAUACAGGCAAUGCAAAAAGACACACUUAACAGAUAACUAUGCAAAAAAAAAAAAAAAAACUACACAAAGCCUCAGCUUCUGGUGUUGAGACUGCAUUGGUUUUGCUCUGAUGAUUCUGAAUCAUGCUGGCGAUGAGAAUCAGCGUGCAGCUAUAGACAAGACUGAAUCAAUCAUAUUACUGAGGUUUAACAUGAUUUGAAUACAGUGUCGUUUUCAGCAAACCUUAUUCCUAAAUGCUGCUUGAUAUCCUCACAUCUUUAAAGUGCUUACAUAUCUGGUUUACUUCUUUAAAGGUUACAAGAAUCCGAAUACUGGUGUUUUUUAAUGGUUUAGCAGCAAAUGCUGCUCUGAACUCUGACAGUAAUAUAUGGACUCAGUGACAGCCUAAACCUCAGUACAUGCUGUUCCUUAUAUGUUUCUGGCUAUGCGAUAAGAAAACAGUUUAUGUUCUCCAUUAUGUUCUACUGUGACCCACCCAUGACCAGUAGAUUGACCAGGUUUGUGGUAGGUCCUGGUUUUAACACGAUUCAUCUUGUAUGAAACAUUUAUUUUUAUUUGAAACUGGAUUUACCUUUUGUUUUGUUUUUUCUUACAAAUGUCCAUUUGCCUGUUUUGGGGAUUGAAAAGAACAAGAUGAUGAUAAUAUAUUUUACACAUCCCAUGCAGGUCUCCACCUUUAAGAAGUGAAUGUCCUAAAGAUAUUUGAUUAGAUAUGUGUCAUUUCCUUUUGUAUCAGAUAAAUUACAUUUGUGUCACACCGUGGCAUAUAAGAUUUAAAAAGAAUCUAAAUCUGGUACCUCCACAUAAUCAUUCCUCUGGUUUACAUAUUUAACGGUGAAAAUGUACCUUAAUGGUGCAUGUGCAUGAAAGAUAUUUAAAUGCCUUAUGUUACAUUUA